CUCGUGGGUGGUAACCACACCGCCGCCCGCUUUUGCUCUCGCUAAGCUCGUCGCCGCCUCCCCGCCGGCCUUUUCGUUCGUUCUCAGUAUAAGCGGCAUCUGCACAAUGAAGGGUCCUCCCAGGGCUACCAGACGCCACGGAGAGAGCCACGCUGCUGCCGCAGGUGGCGGAGAUCAGCUCGUGAUCAGUCUUCCCCACCCACGAGUGCUCCGCGUUAUCGCCAGGUCGGUGCUCGUAACGGUUGCCAUACUCGCCUAUCCCUGGCUUAGAUCCAUGCUUCCGCCGGACGGCACAUGCUCCCUCUUGUCCCCACACCGGUGGACUGACGACCCCUUCCUCCUCCCUAUGCUCCUCCGCGAUCUGAGGCGCGAGGGGCUGCUCGUAGCCGGCGCAAGCGACGCCGCUCUCUUCCUCGGAAACCCCGGCUCGCGACUCGCCUUCGUGAAGCAGAACAAGAUGCACCCUGUCAUGUCGGAGGCCAGUCGGAUGGCCGUUCGUGAUCGCUCUGUCGACUUUGUGCUCGCCGCCGACGAUUUCUGCGACGCCUCCUUUAUGUUUGUCGAAAGGAUUCUGAGAGUUGGAGGCGUCACUAUCGUUCGACUGAGCUCGGAUCCAUGGCACACCUUCAAUUUUCCAGCGAAUUACAGGAUCGUCUACAUCCGGCGCUUCGGUUCCACCAUCGUCGGGAUCAAGAAGACGGCCCACGCCAUUGCCCUCAAAGACGCAAACGCUGACGAAUUUAUGGGCUCACGAACUGGGAGGAAGCUGCUCACCCUCCCAGAAUCAAUGGAAAUGCCGAACGGACUCGAGGACGAAAAUGCAGCUGAUUUCAUCGGCACUCAUAUCGGGAGGAAAUUGCUUGCCGUGCCGGAAUCGAUCAUUGGCGUAUUGAAUGGAUUAGAGGAUGCAUUGCUGGAGCCGCCUUCCGAUCGAAAAGCCUCGACAAGGGCCAUGAAGAGGACGAGGUUUCUCUCCAAUCUGUUGGCCGGCUCGCUCAACGAGUACUCGAGAAGGGUGUUCGUCGAUGUCGGAAUGCCCGGGAGGGCCACGAUCGACAAGUGGUUCAAUAAGCAUUACCCCAAAAGGAACUCCGAGUUCGAGAUCAUCAAACUGGAUGUCGUGGGCGAAGUUAAGUAUGCAAGUGUGGCCAGUGGGAUAGCCGGGUGGCUGUCGAAGAAUUUGAAGGAAGAGGAGUAUGUGGUGAUGAAGGCGGAGGCCGAGGUGGUGGAGGAGAUGGUGAGGGAAGGCGCCACUGGGCUGGUGGAUGAGCUGUUCUUGGAGUGCAAGACCCAGUGGCACAAGCAAGGGAAGGGGAGAAGGAGGGCUUACUGGGAGUGCCUGGCCCUCUAUGGGAAGCUCAGGGACGAGGGAAUUGCUGUCCACCAGUGGUGGGGUUGAAAAGAGACCAGUUGGAACACAGUCAAGUCUUGAGUAAGGGAACCAAUAUAAGAGCUUUGCUAACCCUUGUGAUGUUCCCAUGACGCAUUAAGAGUGGGCUUCAACCAUGAGGAACACAGUCUCCUCUGCUCUUAUCUAUUUAACGUGUGUGGCUUUGCUUUGCAUGCAUCUAGUGUUUUGCUUUGUGUUAGAUUAAGGUUGAACUAUGAGGAGAAUUGUGAUGUGCUACUAGCGCGAGUCUCCUCGCUCUAUCCGUUUUAUGUGCGUCUUUGCUUUGCUUUGCUUUCGUUAGUAAUGUUGUUCUAGCGUGGUUGCCUUUGAAAUAUCAUCUAGUAUUUGCUUUGUUGUGGUA